AUGUUUGUGAAUGUUUUGUGUUUCAUAUGUCUCCUCCUGCUACCCUUCAGGUGUUUAGGGAUGGCGGAUUAUUAUUGCAGGAAUCUGAUUCCUCAGCCCUCCAUUAUAAUAGACCAGCUAAUGGGUAUCUGGUAUGGCAUAGAAAUAAUAGACCAUGACAGCGAGAGACAUUACGUUAGACAUAUACAGUCCUGUCCGAUCAUCCACAUAUCAGAGGACAAAUCCUACAGUUCGCUGUACCAAGAUUACAAUAACUACAACUACAACUACGGAAGAAGAGGUUACGACACUUAUGAUCUGACGACAGAUAGGGCAAGAACCUACCCUUAUGAUCCAUCGACAUACACCAGGAACCCGUAUGGUGGAGAUCCUUACACUAAGAAUCCCUAUAAUAGGGAAAGAGAUCCAUAUCGCAGAACGACACAGUAUAAUGAUCCACAUCAUAGAGAUCCGUACGGCAGAAACCCAUAUCCGAUGGACCCAUACAACAGAAAUCAGUACAAUCCAGAUCCAUACAACAGAGAUACCUACGACAGAAACCGGGCAACCAACAAGGGUUAUCAGGAUCCAUUCCCCAGGCUGCCUUCCAAUUUUGACAGACAGUAUCACCCAGACAGGUAUCCGCCGGUUGGAUUUGGCAGGAAGUUCUACGAAGAAAUCAAGAGAUUGAGGCUGCUGUGGGAUGAAAAUGGCGUCAGUACGGAGUACAGGAUCAGGAUGAACACUUCGAUGCCAGGUUUUUGGAUUAGUUCUGGACCUGAUAACGGUUCAUCCCUUGACCCCCAAGUGAGCCAUUUUGCUGGCACCCUCCAGGUUUUGAAGGUGGUCGGAACCCAUUUGGUAUUGAAUUUCUGCCACCAGCUUCCCGAUAAACGUCAUUUUACAGUAAUACUCUCGAGAUCUACAAAACUGAGCAGUUAUGACGUCAGUGGUGUACACGGCUUACUUCACAUGAAAGGCCUAGAUACCAACAAUAUAAAAAAAGUUUGUAAUAAUAGCGUUGAGAAUAUCUUGAAUCAGGUGUUGCUUUUCCUGACGAUAGGCGUUGUUUUUUUCAGGUAACAGGUAACGCUAAUCUCUUAAUAUUUUUGUUUAUAUGAAUAUUUUGUUAUAUGUAUGUAUGUAAGGUUUUUAAUAAAAAUUUU